CAUACAGCUAGCUAGUGUGCGUCUCAAACUUUGUGCAGGACACGUCAGAUCGACUUCCAAGAAGAUCCCAAAACUACUGCCACCACUCGCUCCAUCAACGGUUGGAAAUUGCAGUGACACAGCGAUGUCUAGCUAGCUAUCUCCAGUAGAUGUCUUUGUCGGAAGAUAAAAGCAUUCUGUGGCUCUCUGAUGAUCCGCAUCAGCCAUAAUCAGUAGAGUACCAAAAAUCAAUCCAAUCAAUCAAUCCAGUCCAUCCAUCAUGCCCGUAACCAUCAGCAUCUCUGAUACGUUUGAUGGUGGCAACAUCAAGUUUGUGGAGCAACGAGUGAAUCCCGACGAUGCGAGUGUCAUUGACGUGAUUGCCCACAUCAAGCCGGAUGUGUAUACGGAACUGGAGGAAAUGGCGCACAUGCAGUACUUUGCCUUUCGCGUCACUCUGGGUGGAUUAUUAUCACUUGAGCAAGAAGAACAAAAGGUGAAUUACAUUCUCGCCAAUGCCCAAGACGUGUCGUACCCCGAAGCGUGGAGUGGUACUACCGUGUUUUAUGGCUCCGACUUGGACGAUGUCGACGGCUGGAAACGCAAUCUCACGACGCACUACGGCGAUGGCAAACUCAGUUGGCAACAGACUCACACACGCAAUGGCAGUCUGUACUUUUCCUAUUUCCCACCUUUCUCGUAUGCACGCCACUUGAAAUUGAUCAGUCAGUGUACACCACACGCUCAAGUGGGAACUCUGGGUCAGUCAUUGGAGGGUCGAGAAAUGGAAUUCAUUACCAUUGGAAGUGGCAGUUUGACGUGUUGGAUCAUUCAUCGACAGCACCCCGGAGAAACCAUGGCCGAACAUUACGCCGAAGGAUUGUUGCAUCGAUUGUUGGGGAUUCCCACUAAUGGUGAUACCACUGGUGACAAGGUGGUGCAAGAGGCACUCCAGAAAUUCACCUUUUACAUUGUCCCGUGCAUGUGUCCCGAUGGAUCCGUCAAGGGACAUUUGCGGACCAAUGCGUGUGGUGCCAACCUCAAUCGGGAAUGGGCCACUGUCAAGCCGGGAUACACGGCGCCUUCCUUGGAACGGUCCCCGGAAGUCUAUCAUGUGCUCCAUAAAAUGGAUGAGACUGGUGUUGAUGUCUGUAUAGAUGUUCAUGGCGACGAAGAGCUUCCGUUCAAUUUCAUUUCUGGAGCGGAACUCAUCCCCGCCUGGGGACCUCGUUUGCAAGCACUGCACGGAGCCUUUGUCGCCGCCUAUGGUCGCUCCAAUAACAGCAUGCAGGCGGCCAUUGGAUACCCUCCUCCCGAAUCGGCCGAAAUGGUCUUGCGGUAUAUGAAUGUGGCCACCAAUCAAAUCUCGCAACGAUUCAAUUGUUUGGCCGUGACGUUGGAAAUGCCGUUCAAAGAUUGUCUCACCACAUCGGAUCCCGACGUGGGAUGGAACCCCGCGCAGAGUCGCAAGUUGGGUGCUACCGUCUUGGAAGCAUUGGUGCAAGUCCAUCCCUUGUUGCGAGACGAAUCGGAAUUCUGGAAGACAUUGCCCGCCGAGGAUGCCUACGUGACAACGACGGAUGAUUACGAGAGUCAAAUGACGUCGGCCGACAAGGAUGAACCCCAAUUCAAGAUGCUCAAGAAACGUUUCUAUUCCGAUGUUCACGAGAUUCACAAACAGAGUGCCGCCAACAAUUAGAUCCAUCUCAAAUAUUUAUUGGCUAUUUGUCAUGGUGCCUGCCUCUUUGGUGC